AUGGACGUCCUGAAACCGAAAUUCUUGGUGCUUCAUCCUGAUCCCGAUACCUUAAACGAUGUCGUGAAGAAGAUAAAUACCCAGAAUUCCAAAAUUGGGCCCUUGGCUGCUGUGAUAUUAUUGGGUUCUUUACCUGAUGUCAAAAUCGAAAACGAGCUAGAUGUUCCAACAUACUUCAUAAAGAGCAACAACAGCCAAUCCGAGCAGGAAACCUCUAAAAAUUUGAUUGGAGUCAAGGCACCAUCCGUGACAAAGCUCCCUUGUGGUGUAACAAUGGCAUUCGUGGAUACACAAUCCAAAGACAUCAAAGCAAUUGCCGACUACGCUGGAACAGCUGACCUCAUGUUCACUUACCAUUGGCCACAAGCAAUUGCAGCUACUGAGAGAUUGACACUUGUAGGAAACAGAACCUUGGAUCCAAUUGUGCAAUCGCUACGUCCAAGAUAUCACUUCGCUGUCGGGUCGGACAAGGGAAGACAUUUCGAAUACCCAGCCUUUGCAUGGGACAAUGAGCGUAUUUGUCGUUUCAUAUCCUUGGGUAGGGAGAAGACAGGCACCAAAUGGUUUUAUGCUUUUGGUUUGGGAAAUGAAAAGGACAACGUCAGUGGAUGUUGCACCAAUCCGUUUUUGGUGGAGCCAAAACCAGAGUUGAGUCCUAUCGUGACAGAACUAGUAGACACAAAGGAACAAAAGCUCCAAAGACUCAAAAGACAUACCGAAGAAGAAUCAGAGGCCCGCGAGCCAGAGGUCAAACGUCCCAGAGUGACUCCAGAUACGUGCUUUUUCUGUCUCCUGAAUCCGAAGGUCGAGACCCACAUGAUUGUUUCGAUUGGCAGAUGUUCAUAUCUCACAAUUGCAAAAGGCCCUCUCACCUUGCCACUGCGAAAUUUGAACUUAUCUGGACAUGCUAUUUUGGUACCAUUGGAUCAUACCCCAACUGCCUCUCUUCCGACAGAGACUAGCGAAGAGCUCCAGAAAUAUCAAAGUAGUAUAGCCGCGGCGUUUCAUCUGAAAGGGUUUGCCGUUGUAUUUUUUGAGAUCAGCAGGCCUGAGAAUGUCCACUACCAUAUACAAAUGGUGCCUAUACCUGAAAACUUAUUGGCAGAGCACUUCGAUAGAGCUUUGCAAAACAGACUUCAGGUAAAUAACGAGAAGUUUGCAAAUAAUCAGAAUCUAGAAUUCACCAAAUGUUUGCCCGAUGACGGUAAGAUGGAGGAUUUGACAAAGAACUCUUUUGUUCGAUUUACACUUUUCGAAAAUCUGAUGCUUCUGCGAUACUACGUGGCACCUGUGAUAGAUGACAAGACUCUCGAUUUACAGUUUCCUAGAAGAGUUUUGGCAUUUCUCCUCAAAACGCCCAAAAGACAGAAUUGGGACCGAUGCCGCCAAACUUUGGCUGAAGAGUCAAAUGAAUGUGAGAAAUUCAAGAAUUUUUAUCAACCUUUUGAUUUCACGCAUGAUUGA